UUGCGCUGCAGUGUUUCGAUUUAGCUCGAAUUAUUUCCGCGAAUUUUGCGCGUCAGCCGGCCUUUGCACGGCGCGCUACAGUAAUGCGCAGAGACAUGGAAUAGACGCUCCUCUUGAAGCCUGUCAUUUGAUUCUUUUCCUGUUGGAAAAAAAAGUUAAGUUAGUAAAGCCCAACCCCCAUUUUGAGUGUAAGCGCGGACGUAGAGUGGUUCGAGAUGUGGACGGGGCAGGAGGCGACGGCGAGAGGCGCAGUGUCGGUGGCAUAGGGGAUGGUACCGUCGCGAUUUCAGGAUACUUAGGAAAUGAAGACCCAAACGUCAAGUGCCGAGUGACCUGUGGGCCAAAGGGACGAAAUCGAUUUUCACCGAAAAUCACAGAGCGGGGAAACUUAGUUCUUCCUGUUUAAAACUGAAUCUAUAAUCUACUUAUUUAUGGAAAGAUGUGAAACUUCUAGCGUAGAAACACUACUGCUGCUUAUCGACGAGAGCAAAGGAACGCGAUUUUGUGAUAUUACCCUGGAUGCGGAAUCUUUUAAUGGGUAAUACGCAUCAGUCUUCAGUUUGUGGACCUAAGGAGAAGAGUUACGGUUACGGCUGGGCUGAAUACUCUUUUCCUGCUAUUCUUCUCCACUUCUUUGCACUUCCUGCUUGUGAUGACCGCGGUACCGAACAGCUAAAAAUACAGCGACAGCUCCAAAGACUCACAUUGGGUUGUUUUCAAUGGCUUACUAUAAAUGACUUAUUUUUCUUGUUUAGAAUUUGGGGUGGUGUAGUGACACCCUCCAGAAAGAAGUGUUGUAGUAUCGAUAUUCUCGGUUUCAGUCGCGACUGUAAACAAAUUGUCAAUUUAAAAUUCUGUAAUUCCACGCGAAGUAUGUUUCUCGAAAGAACAUAUAGUGUGUAAAUUAUGAGGGCACUUAAAUCGUGUCAGGAGAUUUACUAAAUGGAGCAGAUCUGUGUUUAGGCGCUACCACGCUCGUUUUUAUGUAUUACUUUCUCUUGACAAAUGCUAUGUGGUAUCUAAACGUGUGCGUUCAGUUCUCAGAGUCUGUGGGAUCAAGUUUGACAUGCUCUUUUUUCAUUAAAUGCUCAUUUAUAUGUCCCUGAUGGGCACGUGAAGUGGCGUGGAAAGGGACGUGGUACUGAAUGGUGCUUCAUGUACCAUAUUCUAAUGUAGAGCCUUUUGGAUCUCAUAACUACGCUUGCUGAAAGGGACGGGGUACUGGAUGGUGCUUCAUGUAUGAUAUUGUCAUAUAGUGCCUUUCGGAUCCCAUAACUACGUUCAAUGGAGCCGCUGAAGAACAUUUUUGUCCGGCGCCCACUGUCACACUGGAAAGGUUUGGAGCAGUCUGAGCAGGGCAGCUUCACCAACCCAGUGUGGACAGCCCUAUUUGACUAUGAGGCCGCCGGCAAGGAUGAGCUGACGCUGCGUAAGGGCGACCUGGUGGAGGUGCUGUCUCUGGACUCUGAGGUCUCGGGGGAUGAGGGGUGGUGGGCAGGCAAGGUGAACAAUAAAGUGGGCAUAUUUCCAUCCAAUUACGUGUCACUGAAGCCGAACACGUAUGGGAAACGGGCCGGACCCGCUGUGGUGGGAGAGCUAAGCCCGGCCGUGGUGGGCCAUUUUGAGCCGGAGGACGUCGAUUUCAGUGAGCUGUGCUUGGAGGAGGUGAUCGGGGUGGGCGGCUUCGGCAAAGUGUACCGCGGCACCUGGAGAGGUGACCUAGUGGCAGUGAAGGCAGCCCGCCAGGACCCGGACGAGGACAUCAGCGUCACGGCCCAGAACGUGCGACAAGAGGCCCGGCUCUUCGCCAUGCUCACCCACCCCAACAUCAUUACCCUAAAGGGGGUGUGUUUGCAGGAGCCCAACCUGUGCCUCAUCAUGGAGUAUGCUUCUGGUGGCCCCCUGAGCCGGGCCCUGGCCGGCCGACGCAUCCCCCCACACGUGCUGGUGAACUGGGCCGUACAGAUCGCCCGGGGGAUGCUCUACCUGCACAGCGAGACCAUCGUGCCGGUGAUCCACCGUGACCUCAAGUCCAACAACAUACUCCUGGCUGAGCCCAUCGAGAAUGAAUGCGUAGAGAGUAAGACCCUGAAGAUCACAGACUUUGGGCUGGCACGCGAGUGGCACAAAACCACCAAAAUGAGCACAGCAGGCACCUACGCAUGGAUGGCACCGGAGGUGAUCAAGACGUCCACCUUCUCCAAAGGCAGUGAUGUGUGGAGCUACGGCGUGCUGCUGUGGGAGCUGCUGACGGGUGAGGUGCCAUACCGUGGUAUUGAUGGCCUGGCGGUGGCCUACGGUGUGGCCGUUAACAAGCUGACACUGCCUAUCCCGUCCACCUGCCCAGAGCCCUUCGCCCAGCUCAUGGCCGAGUGCUGGGACCAGGACCCCCACCACCGGCCCAACUUCGCCUCCAUCCUCUCGCAGCUCACUGCCCUGGAGCAGCAGGUCAUGGACGAGAUGCCGCAGGAGUCUUUCCACUCACUACAGGAGGACUGGAAGCUGGAGAUUCAGGACAUGUUCGACGAGUUGCGUUCCAAGGAGAAGGAGCUGCGCUGCCGAGAGGAUGAGCUGCAGCGCGCAGCCCUGGAGCAGAAGUCGCACGAGGAGUUCCUGCGUCAGCGGGAGCAGCAGCUGGCGCGCUGGGAGCAGGACGUGUUCGAGCGCGAGCUCAGCCUGCUGAUCCUGCACAUGAACCAGGAGAAGCCCAAAGUGAAGAAGCGCAAGGGAACCUUCAAGAAGCACAAGCUCAAGGGCAAGAAUGGCGAGAAGAUCAGCAUGCCGCAGGACUUCAUUCACAAGAUCACGGUCCAGGCAUCCCCAGGUUUGGAGAAGAGGAAGAACUCCCAGGACCUCCCUUCAGGCUCCUCCCCUUCCAUUGGGCCCCGCCUUCUUCUGCUCACUCCCAGUGAAAACACCAGGGUCUUUCCCCUGAGCCCUGUAUGGUCCCCAGAGGCCUCAGCUAUCAAGCAGGCCAGCUGUGACAGCUGGACAGGCCCCCAGAAGAGCCCCCAGAGUCCCAAGAACACCAAGAUUUUACGCCUUAAUACACCUGAGGGCAGUCUCUCCAUGAGAGCUAAGCUUCUGGAGGUGGACAGCAAUGAAACUGACCGCUCGAAAUCCGACUUCGAGGUGUACAGACCUCCCAUCCCGAAGUCUGCCCCCAAUGGCAUCUGUCCCAAAGAUUCUCCUAGGAGUGGUCUACCUCAGGGGGAUUUGGGUAGUGAGGAGGAGGGGACCCUAGACUGGGGCUCUUGGUCUGGGGUUGGUUCCCCUGGAGCAGAACACGGCUCAGUGGGCGGUACUGAGAAAAACACCCACAGGGCCCUGCUGAGCUUGGGCUCCAUGCUGGCCUCUGUGGCCUUGGGCCGCUCUGUUGCAGCCCAGCCCAGAUUAUCCCCCAGGAUCACCCACCAGCCCCCAGAUUCAGAAGUGAUGGCCCAGGACCCAUCUGUGCUGGAGGACCUCAUCACAUUCUCCCACUCGGGCCCCCUGAACCUGCCCCUACCCUGCCUGGAUCCAGCCCCAGCCGAAGCCCAAAACCCAGCCCAGGCCCUCAUGCCCCCCCUUCGUGCCUGUGUCCCGUGGGAUCAAAGCUCGGACCUCAGCAGAGAAGCCCCAUCCAGCCUGCAUUCCUCUCAACUCGUGCUGGACCUGCCCCUGUGUCUGGACAGCUUGGCUUCUGACGAGCAGAUGCCCCCACCUCCUGCCUUGUUCCCUGACCCUCGACUGUGGAGCCCCAAGAGUCGCCGGCUGGAGGUGAGCGUCAUUCCGCGGCCGAGGCCCUCUCCCGUUCGUCCCCGCAUCGAUCCUUGGAGCUUUGUGUCUGCUGGGGGAGCAGGAGGAGGUGAGGAAUCAGCCAAGCCUGAAGGACUUCCGGCUCACGUACUGAGCUGCCAGUUUUCCACCACAAAUCCCUUCACAAACUGUGACCCCUUCCCUACCACAGACUGUGACCCCUUCGCUCGGGAAGCUGAUUCUUUCAUCGCCCCCACAGCAGCUCGCUCUCUGUUUGACCCUUUUUCUGUCCCCUGUACUGCUACCUCUCGCUCUGCCCCCUGCCCCACCAAUGGCAGCCCCUCUCUGUCGGGCUUAAGGGUGCUCCCCCCGUGUCCGCCAGACUCACCCUUCAUUGACCUGGCAUGGCUGGGGCCCAGGACACCCCUGAACUGCAUCGCCAAAGAUUCAUGCCAGAGCAGACCUCUGCUGCCGGAAAUCCGGCCCUGGAAGUCACCGACACUGGGAAACGACCGGUUCUGAGCCAGGCAUCCUUCCCUAUGUGAGGAGCAGCUGUCUACUGCGGGAGACAGACGAGGGAGUUUGGCGUGAACAGCCAGGUCUGCAAGUUCCACCAAAGAGGAGGAUUCUUCGGGUCCCAAGCUGCUAUGCCGUGUCCUGCCCAUGGCAGAGUCUGUUUAAACCCGCUCCAUUCCUUCUGGGAAACCCCCCCCCCCCCCCCCUUUAUAUUGUGAUGGUAUUCCUGAUCCACAGCUCUGGGUGUUAAUAUGCAUGGGAUUCCCUCUGGGAAUUAUUUACUGGUGUUUGGGAAAAACUUAACAAUAAUCAUAAUUUCUUAACUGUUGGAAAGCUUUCAUGUGUGUAAAGGGGGUUGGUCUAUAACUGCAGAGAUAAUUUGCUAUUAAAAAUGAAUUAAGUACAUUUUACAGAGUACCUCAGGUUGUUCCAUGAACGUUUGUUUGUACUACAAUUAUGAGUAAUCAGUAAAUGCUUGAAGAGUGUUUUAUAUCUCUUUGCAGGAACUUUAAGUUAUAGGGUGAUAUAGAGCCUGUAGAAAAUAUCGAGUGUCAUAUGACAAGACUAAUAAAUUCUUGCCACAUGUAUCAAAGUAAUUUCCCCGAUAAUACCAUAAAAAAUUCUCAGUCCAAGGUCGAAGAAAUGAGAAAUUAAAGUGGCACUCUAGAUGAGAAUGUGAACACUCAAACGAUUUUGAAAUGAAGCUAAUAGGGCAAGGGUUUGCACUGUAACUAGAGAAUUACUUUCCAAUUUACCCUUAGACAGAGAGGCUAGAGAAUUCAGAAGGUGUAGGGUCCCGUGUUAUUGACUAAGAGCCUGAAAAGAACCAUGCAUUGCACAUUAAUUUUGCUGAAGGUUGUGAGACUCUGGGCCAGCGGUGUCCGCUGCAGUCACGUGGUUGUCUUUUCUGCUGUCUUUUCUAUAAGGUGUUUGCUCUUUUGGUCCCCUGUGUUUAAUCUGUAUCACCCCAGGUUUGGGGCAAAAAGGAAUUUGUUGUAUCCUCCUUGCCCUUGAUAAGCAAGCAUCUGUACAUUUAUUGUUUUAAAGAAGUAUUGCAGAAUCAGUCAAAUUUGAGUUUAGAGUUUUACAUUGAAACUUACCAUCUGCAAUGAUAGAAGUUUUACAGACAAUGUUAGAUACGAUACUGGAAUACUCUGUUUCAAGGCCAGAGUGGAGUAGUUCUCUGGUUGUUCUCGUUCAGAUUUGAAGGCGUAUCUACUUGGAUUUGAUUAAAGGAGAACUAUCAUAUAACCCCUUUAAGGCAAAAUAUCUGGUUUAACUUCAACAUUAAUACAAAACUAACACCUUCAUAGGGUCCUUUUAUAUUCAGUCAAAGUGCUUCUAUCUACAUAAUGUCAAACUACUCCUUUGGAUGGUGUCCUCUAACCCUCUACCCAGUGCAAGGUGUACGUACUGCCCUGUGAUGUAUGUUUGAGCCACAGAACGAUUCUGACUGAGACCGAACUGCAGCUAAGGCCUGCUGGAAGCUGACAUACUGCAGCCAGUGUCAGGACAGGAAAUCUUCACAGAAAGUGUCCCAUUGUAUACUGUGUAUAUACAAUGCAAAGCCUACAGUACCAUGGUACAAAUUAAUAUGUCACACAGGUCAAUAGAUAAUGACAAACAUACAAUAUAUGCACAUAAAUCUUAUAAUCCCAGCAUUAACAUUCAUUUAAAUUCAGGUAUGUUUGCCUAAAUUAAUUUACUUUAGGAAGAUAAUUAAUUCCUAGACAAUGUACUGAUGCCUGUAGUUUUUGUAAUACUUUUUUUUUUUUUUAAGAACAAAGACAUGUUUGCAUUUGGAGAAAAAUUGUAAUAAUUAAGUUGGUGGAGCUGCCUCAGCAUUAAAAGGAGCGAAGGAGACACUGCUAUUAUGAUGAGAUUACAUAUUUCCCCAAUAACUGGGAUGAGCAUAAAUGAUGUAAAAUGUAUGUGCAUCAAUUCUGUAAAUCAUGUGUCCUGAACAUGCACCAAGGAUGACCAUUGGCCAUUUUCUUAGACUUUUGACAUGAGACUGAAACGAUCUGCGUUUUGCAUAAUGACUCGCAUCAUAGUUCAUUGACAUACUCAAGGCUUCUGCAGAGAUUUCCGCAAAGAACCAAAGAUCAAGGGCUGAAUCUCAGUUGCCUCCAUUUGUUUGUGAAGCUCUUGAGCUAUGGUGCAUCAUUUGGUGGAAGAUUUUCGUGUUUUUUUUUUUUAUGUUUUAUUGAUUUCCAGCUUAUCAACUGUUCUGGGUUCUGCAGUUUCGGUGCUACACAAAAUUUUAUUUGGCUCAUUAAUAAAUAUGAUUUGAUCCUUCUUGUUACCCUUAGCAACGGAGGCCCAGGGGUUUCAUUGCUUGGAGAAACACUGUUAAUGUCCCUGAUUACUGUAUGGUAUUCUGUGGUUUCUCACACCUGUUUCUGCUACAAAGUUGGGCUUUCAUGGUUUUCAUGGUUACCACUAACAGAUGGUGACCACUAAAAGAUGAGGGACUGCUUUUACAUGCCGUACUUUAAGCCCGUACUAUUCACCUGCCUCCCUGAGGAAUUUAUUUGGGUAUCUAAGCCACUGCUUUGUGUUCACACAAGAUGAAGCACCCAAGAAAAUGACAACAAUCAGUUCUCCAUUCCCUUAAGUCUCCUGCCUGCCUUCCACCCGUCUCUGUGCAUCUUGAUUGUGAUGCAGUGUCAGUGGCGACAAUGGACUGUCUCCUUUGGCUUUCAGCACUGAAGCUAAAAUAUUUCCGGGUCACAGGUGAUUGUUUUAGCUGCAGGUGAUGUGGUUGGCCGCUGGCUAUGUGCAUAGGGGUCCAUCUUUGUUUCACUGAGGGGGAGCCCUGUACUGAAUAAUUAAAAAAAAAAUAUCCAGGUUUCAAAACCAAGAUAUGUGGAUAUUUCUGUGAUUAGUAGAAAGACCCUAUUUUAAUCCCUCAUUCUUUCCCUGGGUUUUUACUUGCUAGCUGUAAGUUGAUCAAAAUUGCAUGUUUUUGUCCAGAACAAGAUUCCCGCAGAAAGCUUCGUAUUUUAUAGUAAAAAAAAAAAAUGACAAUAACAAUCCUUAAACUACGGAGCCCCUGAAGGAAUCUGUGCAAAAAAAUAAAAUGAUGUUACUUUCGUGCACGCAUGCGAGAAAUUAUCUAGUGCACGCGCGACGGUAACAUCAUUAGAUUUUUUUUUUGCACAAGUCCCUUCAGGGACUCCGUAUUAAACUUGGAAUUAGUUACAAUUAGCAUUUAAAUAUAUAUUUACUGACUUGUGUAGUGUUGCAGAGGCAUAUACCUGGCCGUAACCAUGCUGACGUUCUCUCUGCAUCACUAACUGUAAGCCAUCCUUCCAUGGGCUCUCGGUUCCUCUGCAGCAUUUGACGUGAUGAGAAGGAGAAUUAUUCUGGCCAUCGCUGUGAAUAAGUCUAACUUGUCACCAAGCGAGCUGUAAGGAAUGAAAGCACAAUUUUGGAGCAAAACUUGUGUUUAAACAGCCUUUAAACUUUCAACCUCUAUAAUGCAUCCUUUUUAUUUUUUGGUAAUUCUACAUUUGAAAGAGAGUUCUUCAUUCCUUUUCACUCCAAUUUGUUGCUUAUUGGCAUUAAUUAAUUACCUUUCUAAAUUAACUUUAUGGGUAACUAAUCCUUAAAGGGUUUAACCCCAGUUCCUGUUUUGAUUUGGCUGCUUAUCUCCUGUUUUGGGCCACAUGACCAAGCCACUGAUGCUUUUCUGUGAUGUCUUAUGUCAUCCUGCGUGAAAGUAGAGAACAGCUGCGUGCCCUGGGUGCUUUUUUUAAUGAUUGAUGACAAGAGCAGCAGAUUUAAGCCACCCCCCCCCCCCCCCCCCGAGAAAGAAUUUCGGAAGAAUGGUAGGUUAUGAUAUUUAUAGACUGGCCAAUAGUCAAACUUGGGGAAAAUGGAGAAUAGGCUAUUCCAGGCUUGUCUUUUUUAUUCGUUCCUAAGAUACUUGAAUUAAUUGUAUUCUUUGGUCAUUACAUGCACUGUAAAAUGCUGUAGGAAAGUAUUUUGCCUUGCUACAGCACUGGACGAAUGCAAUCUUCAGGUUUUCAAACAUUAACAGUUAACAUUCGCAUUGUCGUCGCACAGAGGGUUAAAAAGAUGUUAACAAUAACCCAUACACACACUGGAGUAAGAAGGCCACAGAUACAUUACUGCCUCUUGUUUUUUAAUAACUUUUUAUAUUUUUUACUUCACUGGAUUUUCUAAACACAUAUCUGUGGGUGUAUGUCUCGGAGGUAUCUUGCCAGUGCUGUUCUCUGUUUUCAGUUAUAGUACCACAUUGAUUUUCAGACUUUUUCUUUUAUGAAGCACAACAAUAAUGCAUUGUGCUCCAGUAUAAUUUUUAGAUUCCUGCAAUGAGAACUGUUGCACGAAAUGAACAAGCUGACAGGCACCCUUUAUGAACUGUUUGUGAUGCAUGUAAUGCACCACUGGAGGGCAGUGGUGCAAUGUCCUUUCCUAAAGCCGAUGUACUGACAGAAUGGGCAGGACGAGUGUGAUGACUGCAUCAUCUCAGCCCUGCCUAAGUUUCUUCCUUUGACAGUCUUAUUUUUAUUUUGUGAAUCUAGGCUAUAUAAAAGAUUAUGUUGCAGCUUAUAAGAGCCUGUAUAAUGACUUUGCAGAUGUAUUUAGAUUUGUCCUUUGGUGGGCUUUGAGGGCCAUGUUAAUUGCUCCAGUUUGUUUCGUGUUUGUGGAAUUUCGCACUGGGCUGGGCCUAAUCAUCUCUGUGUAUUUGUGUGUCUGUGUUUAUGUGUGUGAGUAAAUGUUGAAAAUAAACAUUUUAACGUGGAAGAUACUGAAAAAAUACAAAGACCAAAUAAAAUUUAACU